AUGGACGAGCUGCAGGGUUUUGAAUUUUCAUCGUCUCACUCGGCGGCACGUUCGCUGACGAUGAUGAUGCUGAUGAUGAUGCUGAUGCUGCGUCGGUAUCCUCCCUCUCCCACUCCCCCUUUCUCUCUCUCUCUCUCCCAUUCUUCUCCUGCCCCCCCACCCUGGAUUACUCAUCCUCAGGCUCGUGAGGGAGAGGAGGGAGGGGGGAGGAGGGAGUGACUGGGGAGGAGGAGGAGAGAGAUAUUUAUGGAGAACAUGAGGACGCCUCGCUCUCUUUUUCAUCGUGAGGUUUUUCCCGCAUCAGUGGGGGAUGGGCGCGCCGCUGACAUCACCCCGUGUGUGUGUGUGUGUGUGUUGUGUGUGUGUGUGUGUGUUUAGAUCUCAUUCAUAAAAAAGUGAGGAGAAGGAGGAGGAGGAGGAGGAGGAGUUUUAACCCUUUGACUCCCGGUGUCCUCCUUUAAUUCACCUUCAGGUCAGUAAAACAGCCGCUGGGAUGUCAUGUGACGGCGUUUUUAGGUCAGCGUGUUAACGAGCAAAAAAAUGAAAACAAACAUGAAAAACACGAAAAAUAAACUUACAGCUCAUUUACAGACAGACACGCCCCCAUGAAGCCAAAUAUGGUCAACACUUCCCUUUGACGAGACCCCAACACACACCAACCACAGAGGAGAGGAGAGGAGAGGAGAGAGGAGAUGAGAGGAGAGGAGAGGAGAGAGAAGAGAGGAGGAGGAGGAGGAGAGGAGGAGAGGAGGAGAGGAGAGAGGGAGAGGAGGAGGAGAAGGAGGAGAGGCGCAGGAGGAGGAGAGAGGAGAGGAGAAGAGAGGAGGAGGAGAGAGGGGAAGGAGGAGAGGAGAGAGGAGAGGAGGAGAGGGGAGUAGAGGAGAGAGGGAGAGGAGGAGAGAGGAGAGGAGAGAGGGAGAGGAGGAGGAGAAGGAGGAGAGGAGCAGGAGGAGGAGAGAGGAGAGGAGAGGAGAGGAGAGAGGAGAAGGAGGAGAGAGGAGGAGGAGAGAAGACGUUUAGAAAAUCUCCAGAUCCAUGA